AUGGUGCAUAGGCACUCGACGUUGUCGACGGGAUGGCCCGUCUAUGCGAUCAGCUUUCUUGAUAACCGACACUUUGUGUAUGCGGGUGGUGGCGGUGCAUGCCGCACGGGCGUUCCGAACAUGCUAAGGGCUACGGAGAUCCAGUGGCCGUCGCCAGAGCCGGAUGCAGCUCCGUCGCUGUGUCAGAGCGGUGAGAUCACCUUGCGUUCGGAUGAGGAUGCGCCGAUGUGCCUGGCUGUCAAUCCGUAUCAUGCGCAUCUUGUAUGUGGCAUCAAUGCUCCUGCUGAGCAAAUGCAGCGCCCGACGGAGCGUGGGAAUGAGCAUGUGCGAGUGUUCACCUACGACGUGCAGUCUCAUCCCGCCGCUAGGGCGCAAGCCGAGGCCUUGACGACAGAUAUUCGGCUCUACAUGUCGAUGGCAUCGCUGGGUAUCACCGAUCCUGAGCACUAUCAAAAGACGGUGGCUUUUUCGCCGGACGGCAAGCUACUGGCCGUGGCUAGCACGGACGGACGUAUUCAGCUGCACAGGUAUCCCAGCAUGAUGCCCGUGUUUUCCCUGCACCUGGGCGUCGUGUCGCUGGGCGAAGAAGUGUACGAUACUGACUUUUCGCAUGACGGCAGGCAACUCGCCGUCACGACGCCCACACGCAUCGUGAUCUUUUCGACGACGCCGCAAACGGUGAAAGCAGCGACGCCCACGUUUGCUCCACGGAUCCUGCAGGUGCUUGAGCGGCCCAAACUAGGAGGCAGCGUGGGUGCAUCGUUCCGGAUGGGCAAGUUUGGCCGUGGUCCCGCAUCCGAGGUGGGCACGAAGAACCGCUUGUAUGCGUUGAUCAAUGCACAGGCGGUGCAAGGCAGCAAGAAACGCCCGAGCUAUGUCAUGAUGUGGGACGCUGAUACAUGGAGGUGCAUGUCGUCGUGCGCCGUGUCCCACAAGCCGGCGACAACGAUGGCCGUGAGUCCGCACGGUCGGUACGUAGCCGUGGGCUCCUCGGAUCUGGGCAUUACACUGCUGCGCGCAAGCACACUGCAUACGCUGCUCAAAAUCAGCGACGCACAUGACUUCCCUCCGACCUGCCUCGCAUUUUCGCCCAACGGUCGCAUGCUCGUAAGUGCGAGUGCAGACAGUUCUGUGCGGUUGACCGUGCUUCCCACCAGUCUUUUGCCCAUGCUCAUGAUCUCAGACGAGAUCAUCUUUGUCGCGUUCUUUGUAGCCAUUCUGCUCAUGGCGCUGCUGAUUCCGCAUCUCUUGCACACAUCAUAG